GCUUGAAUUCGAACACUGUUAGAUGAUGCUUAUUGUACACUUAGAAAAAGGAAUAAAGGUAGAGAGACAUUCACGGGAAAGUGUUAAUGGAGAAGACCCAUCGUUGCUCGGGCACCACCGCGGCUGCGAAUGCCAGCUCCUUAAACUGUGAUGCUAAUGCUGGUACUCUCAGCGGCGAUGGCGGCAAGACGAGGAGCAACGGCAUACAAAGUUCACUCAAGUCCCUCAACAGAGCCUCUUAUAAGAUCUCCAAGCCCCUCCCCAGAAACCCCGUUGCUGACCCUACCCCCGUCGCUGCUCGGGCCGCUCCGGUCCCCAAGCUGCCGGAGACGGCGGCCGGUGGGGGUGGCGGUCCGCCGUACCAGCCGCAGCCGCCAGUGUACAACAUCGACAAGAACGACUUCCGCGACGUCGUCCAGAAGCUCACCGGAUCCCCCGCGUACCACCAGAGCCGCCCGCAGCCCCGGGAGGCCCCGCCUCUGCCCCCCCCUCGUCCUUGUUCGGCCGGCCCCCCCUCCCGUCUCCACCGCAUCCGUCCGCCGCCCCUCGCCCAGCUCUCCCCGCGCCAGACUCCCCCGGUUCCGGCUCCGCCGCUCCUCUCCCCUCUGCCGCCGCUCCCGGCCGUCAGCGCCGCGGCGGAGUCGCCGAUCUCCGCCUACAUGCGUCGCCUCCGCAGCGUCGGCGUUCCGUCCGCCCUGGCCCUGUCUCCCACGUUGGCGCCGACCUUGCCGCUGGGUAUGGGCUGCCUUCUGUCACCGCGGACGGCAUUUCAGAUGAUGAUAGCGGCUCCGGGGAUGCAGUUCCCGGCCUCCCCAGGGGUACAGCUGGCGAGCCCCAGAUUGGGAGAUCCCUGAUGCCCAUGGCUCUCGUCGCCAUCGGCAAAGGUUAUCCUUUUUCAGAAGAAUUUUAGUGUACAUUAAAAAUAUGGUCUUUCUUUCAGAAUUGAAUCAGCCUUUGAUGUCUGCAACCUAAAAAGAUUGUUAUCGUCGACUGCAAUCCGAAGGUCAAAGCCCCUUUCCAAUCUGCUGAUACUAAAUGCCAUAGAAACCAAAAGAGUGAAAUGGUUGCUUUGAUGUAAUAUACGAAGUUCAUCAAUUCAAUAUGUUAUCUUCUUCUCA